ACGACGCCACGAUGGCAAGCGCAGAGCCGAGCACCAAACCUACUCCUCCUCCUCCUCCGCGACCGCACCAAUGGCGACGCCGACGGCCUCUUCCCCCUCGCCCCUCGCCUCCGCCUCCAUUCGCACCUCCUCCCGCAAGCGCUUCUUCACAUUCCCGUGCAGCUCCCCACGCCUCGGGCUCCGCCUCCGCGCGGGCUCCGUCAAGGAGUGGCGCGAGUUCGAGGAUGACGCGGGCUCCGUCAAGGAGUGGCGCGAGUUCGAGGACGCCGUCAGGAGCAAGGACCUCUCCCGCGCGCUCCGCUUUCUUCAGUCCGUGGAGCCCCAGGAGGCGGGAGCUGCGGCGAUGCAGGUCGCUGUCCCCGUGCCGCCGGGGCGGGACUGGGAGGUGCUCGACGCCUGCAUCGACGCCGACGACAUGCGGCUCGUUGGCCGGGCCUACCAGUUCCUCUCGGACCGCGGGCUCCUCGUUAACUUCGGCAAGUGCAAGAACAUCGUUCUGGAAGGACCCAGAGAAGUGACACCAACAGUUUUAAAUGAGAUGACAGGAUUGGAAGCUGCAAAGCUUGCACCAAAAAAGUGGGGUCUGUCGGGAAGUUCUCCGUAUGUUCUCAUUGGAUUUCUUGGAGGUGUAUCUUAUCUACUAACUCAAGGGAUUGAUGUACGACCUAACUUGGGUGCCAUAUUGGCAUUAGCGACAGCUGAUGCAAUCUUUCUUGGUGGUACUUGUCUCGCCCAAAUCUCAUGUUUCUGGCCUCCAUACAAGCGUCGAAUCCUUGUACAUGAAGCAGGCCAUCUUCUUACUGCCUAUCUAAUGGGUUGCCCGGUACGAGGAGUCAUAUUGGAUCCAUUUGUGGCGUUGCGAAUGGGCAUUCAGGGGCAGGCAGGGACUCAGUUCUGGGAUGAAAAGAUGGAAAAAGAACUUGCUGAGGGUCAUCUAUCAAGUACAGCAUUUGACAGGUACUGCAUGAUUUUGUUUGCAGGAAUUGCUGCUGAAGCACUUGUUUAUGGGGAGGCUGAGGGCGGAGAAAAUGAUGAGAAUUUAUUCAGGAGCUUGUGUAUUCUACUGAACCCACCAUUUUCUGUUGCACAGAUGGCAAACCGAGCUCGUUGGUCAGUCAUGCAAUCUUAUAACCUUUUGAAGUGGCAUAAGAAAGCUCAUAGAGCAGCGGUCAAAGCACUGGAAGGCGGACAUAGCCUCAGCAUUGUAAUCAGAAGGAUAGAAGAAGCCAUUGCCUCUGACAGAUAACUGGACGAACUAAUCCCUUACAUGUGUUCCUGUCUAUCAAGGUUUCCUCGGCACCUUGCAAAAAUUGCAAGGAUGGAUUUUCAUAAUUUCGUUAUUUGAUAGCCUCGCAGGAAAGGUUGGUACGCGUUGAAACAGGAACAUCGUUCUUGAAAGAAAGGCAUACAAUCCCUCGAUGUGGGUAAAGGAGGCCAAAGCAUCAGAGGUCCAAACGAGAUCAACUGAUAUGUUGGAGAGUUGAAGGAACUCCGAAGUUCAAGCUAUGUGGUUAAUAAUGAUGCCAGAUACAGUAAAUGUACAUAGGAGACAUCGAUUCUUGAUGAAUAUGUAAACAUAGGUAGGAAUAGAAAUAGCUGAACAAUGUGAGUACAUUUGACAAAGGAUGCAACCGGCACUCUGGAUUGUUGCUAAACAUUUUGUAAUUGUGCUCCAAGUCAUUUCAUUUACGAACAUGGCUGAUUAA